UAUCACUGGGCCCUGAUCACCGGCCCCAAGCGAGAAGCCGAUGCUUCUCGCGGGAAACGAUACCAUGCCAAAGAGCCACGACCAGGAGUGUGGGAGUACAGCGAACAAAACACUGGCACCGCAUCCACCCUCAUGAUCCUGGUCCGUAUCCGUACCGCCAAAGUCAAGAACAUGGUCCGGCUCGAACAGGUACUGCGGAGUGUACCCAUUAGGGUUGGGCAGCCGGGUUGGAACUGCGUGGAGUGGGUCCGAGAGGCGUUGUCGGCGCUGGCCGGAGACGGGAAGGCCCUCGGGACUUCCAGGAUUGACUGGCAGACUGUGCGGGUCACGGCGAUGCGGUAUGUGCGGCAAAAGGCAGCUGAGCACCGGUUUGAUGGCAGAGCCAGGCCAGGCCAGUUCAAUCCCCGGGUGGUGCCGACUUUUGACCUGUUGGCCGGAAGGGAGGUGAUCCAGUAA